UCCUAUCUCUUUCGUCCUCCUCUCCAGCGAAACACAAGUCGAUUUGCUCUCCUCCUCCCAGGCAAACGAAACACACAACUCUCUCUCUCUCCCUCCAUUAACAUGGCGUCGAUUUCUGCUCCAACCUUCACAUCACCAUCCACUCGAUCCGACACAAUCCCUCACAAGUUUACUUUCUCAAACGCUAAGUUCGGGUCUCGAUUGAAGCAGUCGAACAAUCUCAAUCACCCCCCACUGUCCAGCUCCCAUUCCCUCUUAAGGACUUCUGAUUCCUCAUUUUGUCGCUGUCGAAGCAACAAUAACGAUGAAAUCGAUCCAUUAGAUAGCUCGUCCGAGCACGGACGGUGGAACUCCGUUAUUAGCCAUGUUAUGAGUAAUGUAAUUCGGAAGUUGGAUAGUUAUUUGAGUUCUUUCAGAGAUAAAUUAAGGGAGGAAAAAGAUGUUUCCGAGAAUUUGGUUAUGGAAAGUGAAAAUAGGAAUCUUGAUGGCGAUGAUGAAUGGGAUUGGGAACGGUGGUCGAAGCAUUUUAAUGAUGUUGAUGAGCAGGAGCGGAUCGUAUCACUUCUUAAGUCACAAAUAGCUCUUGCUAUUGCUAGCGAGGAUUACCAAGAUGCUGCUAGGCUUAAAGUGGCAGUUGCAGCAGCUACUACAAAUGACGCUGUUGGCAUGGUGAUGUCUCAUCUAAAUAAAGCUAUUGCCGAGGAGCAAUAUAAUGAAGCUGUCUUUUUAAGAGAUAAAGCUGGGGCAGGCUUGGUGGGUUGGUGGUCUGCUAUCUCAGAAGAUAAUAAUGGCCAUAUUUUUCGUAUAAGUGCUGAACAUGGAAGAUAUGUGGCAAGAAGCUUUAGCCCAAGACAACUGGCAACAGCUAUGGCUGGUCUUCCCGUGUUUGAAAUAUUUCUUACAAUUAACAAGAAAGGUGAAUACAGACAACAGGCUGUGUAUCUAAGUCCAGCAGAAAUUCCUCAUGAUGUUCCAUUUUCAUCCGGAAGCCCUACAAGGAUAUCAAAUCCACUUGAUUCUUCUGACAUAAGUAAUUUGUUUGCUAGUCCAGAUGACGUUGAAGAUAGUGAAGAUCAAGAUAAUGAUUCUGACAUAGCUGAAGGACUAUCAGAUUUUGAGCCUCUCUUGCGCGAUAUGAUACCAGGUGCAAAAGUCAAAGUUCUGAAAGUAACAGCCUCUGGGAAGUUUGAUCCAGAUCUAAUAUCUAAGGUAGUUGACCAGAUUAUUGAAGACGAGGAUGAAGAGGAGGACGUUGAAUUAGAAAUUAUGGAUUCUGAAGAUGAAGAUGAAGAUAAAGAUGAAAGUAACCAAGAGAGGAAUCGUAUAGAAAUGGAUGCUGGUGAUGGGAUUGUAGAUGAUGUGGAGCAAAAUGAAAUUUCAGUGAAGGUGGUGAUUGGUGAUACCCUGCACAAAGUUCAAAGUAGUAGUGUGCUUAAGAAAACAUUGACACGGGUACCUGCUAAACUGGAGAGAAAAGGUAGAAAGAUGUUUUCUUUCUCUAUAGAGAAGAAUGAUAAACAACGCAUCUCUAGUGAAACGGAAAAAUCUCUUAAACGUAAGAGACCUAAGCUUCAAGGUCAACGCAGCGUAGACCAGAUAAUGUCUGACCUUGCAAAAUCUAUUGGCCGGGGAAAGAUACCCAUGAAGGUACUCAGAGAUGUUGGGAAAUUGAUAGAUCUCACUCUCAAUCAGGUUCAGAAUCAUCUAGUGCUCUCUGGUUUGACUACAUUUAAUAGAAUUGAAGUUCCAACAUCUUCUGAUCCCCUAAAUGGACUAUAUAUUGGUAGUCACGGACUCUAUGCCUCAGAAGUCAUUCAUCUAAGGCACAAAUUUGGACAAUGGCAAGAUGUUGGCUCAUCAUCUGAAACUGAAAAUCUUCAAUUUUAUGAAUAUGUAGAAGCUGUUAAAUUAACUGGGGAUCCUUAUGUGCCUGCUGGCCAGGUAGCUUUUCGUGCUAAAAUUGGUAAAACAUACCAGCUUCCUCACAAGGGGAUAAUUCCAGAAGAAUUUGGUGUGGUUGCCCGAUAUAGAGGACAAGGAAGGCUUGCUGAGCCAGGAUUUAAGAAUCCUCGAUGGGUCGAUGGUGAACUAGUUAUUUUAGACGGAAAGUACAUUAAAGGAGGACCUGUUGUCGGAUUUGUGUAUUGGGUGCCUGAGUAUAACUUCUUGGUGUUCUUCAACCGGCUUAAGUUGCAGGACUAAAUCAUAUGUGCAUUAGAUAGUGCUCUUUCUAUUCAUUUAAUUUUGUUACCAUUCUUGUUGCCAGAAGCUGGAGUUAUCUGUUAAUGGAAAAGCAAGAGAUUUUAAACCACAUGGAACACUUAGCCGAAAAGUCUUGUGUAUGAAAUCUGCUGGGGAAGGUUUUUAAAUAUUGUAGAGUAGCUAGAACUUCCAUGAGUAUAUACUUUAUAAAGUAAUUUAAUGAAAUUUCUGCAGCAUCUUUUGUUUUCUUCAA